AUCAGAAGGAAGAUAAGGUCGCGGCCUGGUUUCCUAAAUCGAAAGGCUUUACUGCGGGAUUUUACGUAUGCGAGAUAGCCGACAUAUGUGAGACGGAGAAGGAAGCGCAGGACGUGAAGUGCCGGCUUGUGGAGAAGUUUAAAGAAAGCAAGAAAACGGGACGAACUGUAAAAGAUGCAGAGAGACUGAAGGAACUUUGUGUAGAUAGCAAUACGUUGCCGGGGAUGCAUGCAGCUGAUACUGGACGAACGCCAUCGAAGGAUAUCCUUACCGUUGAAAAUGUUGGAAUUGCAACAGCACUAAAUUUACUACCGUUGUCGCCGGUUUGGGAGGGUAUACAUGCACCCGGCUUCUACGGGCAGGAUUACGCCACGCUUACAUCUUCGCAGCCAAGUAUUGCUGAUUAUGCGAGAUUCGUUGGCGGAAGUACUACUCAAGCCGAAGUUCAUUCUGAAGAUGCAAACGGUCAUAAUGGGGAAUUAAGCGGGGGGCUACAAUCUACUGAGCUGGAUAUCCAAGCAUCACAGAAACGAGCGGCUGUUCCAGAAAAGCAGUGUGACCGAGCGCUGAAUGCUGCUGAAAACAGCAACAACAGUAUUCUUUGUGACGAUGAUUUUUCUCCCACACCAGGGACGUCCAGUGCACCGAAUGAAGUUACGAAAGCUUUGGAUAGCCAUACUUUAUUAUCUGGAAACAGCACAUCCAUUGUUUUACCGGCGGCUCGAAACCAGGCUCGGGAUAUCCCACCUAUUUUGAAUGCCGAAAACAUUGCGCUUUAUUCAGCAGAGAAAAAUGGUCUGCCCAGUCAUCUUCGACCAAUUACCGGCAUGCCCGGCGUGAGAAAUGUAGUUGUCCGAAAUCGACAUGGCACGGAUAUCCGCAGUAACGAUCAUGCAGUAAUCAUACGUGAAAAUAAUCCACGCAUCAUAAUGAACCAAGGAGGCUACAAGAAGUUCAUCUGGUACUGGCAAUCCAAAUCCGAUGGAAGUGUUCAGCUGCGAAAAGGAUACGACAUUUAUGUCUACGAGACCAUCCUUGACGACUGCAAGGUGAAGUGUCCCAUCUGGAAUCCCAAAACAUGUAUCGGGCAUGCUUGGGAGCUAGUUCAGCAUCUCAUGGGCGGCGACGAGGGCAUUAUUGCGUGCUACGAAAACAAGUACGACAAUCAGGGCGCGGACUUUCUCCUUGGCCGAAACACUUUGCAGGCCGUUUUAUCGUAUGUCACGGACCUUUACAAGCUUCAGCAACCCAUGAAAGAGCUCACCGUGUUCAAAGCUAUGAUGAACAACAAGCUGAUCAACCUCUACAAAACACGCAUGCAUGCUAUGGGUGCAGUGCCGAAGAAACGAAAAGCAACGGAUGAAUAAAGAAACUGACGUAUUAAGAGGUUAUGGAUAUCCAGUUGCUUUUGUGACAAUUUCCUUAAUCAUUUUAAUGAUUUACAAAAUGUGACUAGAAAGUUUUUGCGGCACGUUUGUGAAUUACAGGAUUUAAUUCGUGAAUUGUCUGCAGUGAUUGUUA